AUGUCAAGCGAAGAACGUUCAAGACAACCAAGCACUGUUUCAACUUUUGAUCUAGAGCCAAACCCUUUUGAACAAAGUUUUGCCUCUACCAAAAAGGCUUUGUCACUUCCAGGUACAGUUCCUCACCCAUCUCUCCCAAAGGACCCUUCUCGAAACAAUUCCAUAUCGGCGCUAACCCAACAUUCACAACGCUCUACUAAUAGCUUGAACAGUAUUCCCGAAGAAAAUGGGAACGGAACUGUUGUCGAUAAUACUAAUCAUAAUGAGAUGAAGAGAGACUCACCAAGCUUUUUGCCAGGUCAACAUAGGCCCAACAUAGUAUCCUCACCUAUACUCACGCCAGGUGGAUCCAAAAGAUUACCGCCUCUACUUCUCUCUCCUUCUAUUUUAUACCAGGCGAAUUCAACUUCAAAUCCCAAUCCCAAUUCACAUUCUGCAUCAACAUCAAAUUCAAACCCUAGUGCACCAGGCGUUUCUUCUAAUUCGGGAUCUUUAUAUCCAAGCAGCUCCUCACCAUCAGGGAGUUCAUUAAUACGCCAAUCACGAAACUGCAAUUCCACCACCAAUAAUUCUAGUAAUGGUUUUCCAACGAACGACUCUCAAAUGCCUGGCUUUUUAUUAAACCUAUCUAAGUCUGGAUUAACACCUAAUGAGUCUAAUAUAAGAACCGGAUUGACACCUGGUAUUCUUACACAGUCUUACAAUUACCCUGUGCUUCCUUCAAUUAAUAGUAAUAACAUUGCCAACGGUAAGAGCACAAAUAAAAGUAUCACUCUAAAUGGAAAUACUGAAAGUCAUCUUCAUGCUAAUAUGAUACACCCAACUGUAAAUGGCACACCACUUACACCGGGGUUAAGUUCUCUGUUAAACCUACCGUCUGCUGGAGUUUUGACUAAUUCGAUGUACAAACCGACGCCAUCCACAAAUAUCACAGAUAUUACCAUUAACAACGGCAUUAAUAAUAGCAAUCUUUCUCCAAAUACUUCCACAAAAGUGGCUGUAAAAAUGGACAAUCCAGUAGAAUUUAAUGACAUUGAGCAAUCUGCUCAUAACCACAAUGAAAAUGAACAUAUAACAACUCAUACAGAGAAUAAUGACCAGUUUAAUAAUAAAACGCGAAAAAGAAGAAGAAGAAUGUCCAGUACAAGUUCAACUUCUAAAGUCGCAAGAAAGAACUCCACAUCAAGGAAAAACUCAACAGUUACGGCUGGGCCAGUGCCAGAGGAUGAUGCUGACAAUAGUAAAACUUCAAGCAACGUAAUCAUUGACGAGACAGAAGAACAGGAGAGAAAAAGGAAAGAGUUCUUGGAAAGGAAUAGAGUGGCUGCGUCUAAAUUUCGGAAAAGGAAGAAAGAGUACAUCAAGAAAAUUGAGAGUGAUCUACAGUUUUAUGAAUCAGAAUAUGACGAUCUAACCAAAGCUGUCGGGAAACUGUGCGGCAUAAUACCUUCAAGCUCUUCAAAUGCUCAAUUUAAUGUGAAUAUGUCAACUAUAUCGUCUUCGUCAUCCGAACCAUCUACAUCAUUGUUCUCAUUACUAGAAAGUAGUAUUUCAAGAAGUGACUAUUCAAGCGCAAUGUCUGUUUUAUCAAACAUGAAGAAAAUAAUCUAUGAAACGAAUUUUUACCGAAGAGGAGGCAAAAAUCCGAGAGAGGAUAUGCAGGAUCAAGAAGAUCAAACCAACUUCAACAAGGACACUUCUAUUGUCAAGAAUGAAAAUACGGGGUAUCCAUCUAUCAAUUCGAGACCGAUAAUUUUAGAUAAAAAAUACCCACAUAACUCUGGACCUAAUAUAAGCAAAAAUGGUACAACAACUAAUAAUGUGGGAAAUACCACGCAGAGUAUAAUUAAUUCAUGCUAUUCUGUUCCCAAUCCAUUGGUAAUAAAUACAAAUUCUGAUACCCAUGAUACUAAUAAGCAUGAUAUACUAUCUGCCCUACCUCAUAAUAAUUGA